AUGGAUGUUUUAUUUGUUAAUAACUCCAUUAUUAAAAGAUUUUAUUUUACGAUCGGUAUUAAAUUGAUAAAUCCAACAUGGUGGAAAAGAAGAACAAAAUUGGAAAGGAAAUUAUUAAUAUUAAGUUUAAUAUCAUUAGUUUUUGCAACGGCACUACUGGCAGCCGCCAUAGCAUUAGUAGUACGAGAAAAAGAAGAAGGAAAAUUCACAGCAUUCAAUGAAUCAACGGCCGAACCCAGCACAUGGCAAUCAAAUUCCGACAAUCAUCAAAAUUUUAGAAAAGGAAAAGCAAAUGUUGUCGAAAGUGGUAACGUAUGCAUGUCGCCAGGAUGCGUUAAAACCGCUUGUAAAAUAUUGGAAAACAUGAAUACGGAAAUUGAUCCUUGCGAUGAUUUUUACGAAUUCGCAUGUGGAAAAUUCGAAAGGGAAACCGUCAUACCUGAUGAUAAAACAUCCGUGACGACAUUCAGCGAAAUAUCGGAUAAAUUAAAAGAACAAUUAAGGACAAUCAUUGAAACUCCAGCGGAAACAAACGAUGCUGCUCCAUUUCUACUUGCCAAAAAUCUUUACAAAGCUUGCAUGAACAAAACUGGAAUCGCUAAUCGCGGUCACACCCCAAUAUUAGACAUAUUGAAAAAAUUAGGAGGAUGGCCGGUUUUGGAAGGACAAUCAUGGAAUCCUGGAACGUUCGAUUGGAAAGAAACGGUUUAUAAAUUUCGAGAUUAUGGUUAUUCCGUUGAUUAUUUUAUCGAUUUUUCCAUAGGAGUCGAUUUGAAAAAUACAACGAUAAGAACGAUCGAUUUGGAUCAACCAUCUUUGGGUCUCGGUCGUGAAUAUUUAUCAAAAGGUUUCGAUGAAAAAAUCGUACAGGCUUACUACGAGUAUCAAGUGGACAUAGCUACCCUAUUGGGAGCGGAUAAGAAAAUGGCGGAAACGGAAUUGAAAGAAUCGUUAAAUUUCGAAAUACAAUUAGCAAACAUUUCUCUUCCCAACGAAGAAAGAAGAAACGCAUCCAAAUUAUUUAAUCCCAUGUCUAUCCAUCAACUUCAACAAAAAUUUCCAAGCAUUCCAUGGUUGGAAUAUUUCAAUCGUUUGUUACCCAAACACAUACGAGUUAAUUCCAGCGAGGUCGUCAUAGUGAGCGUACCUACAUUUUUAAAACAAUUGGAAGCACUUCUUAGUAAAACUCCAAAAAGAGUUUUGGCUAAUUACGUCAUGUGGAGAGCAGCUGGUGCAUCGGUUAGUUAUCUAUCGGAAGAUUUAAGAAAUAGACAAUUGCAAUAUUCUACGGUUUUAUCAGGGAAAGAAAGUAGAGAAGCAAGAUGGAAGGAAUGUAUAGAUAUUGUUAGCUCUGGCGUUUCACUCGCUGUCGGUUCAAUGUACGUUAAAAAAUAUUUCAAAGAAGAUUCUAAAAAAGCAGCUUUGGAAAUGGUACGAGAUAUAAGAGAAGAAUUUAAUAACAUAUUAACAAAUUUAAAUUGGAUGGAUUCGGAAACGAAGCAAAAAGCGUUGGAAAAAGCAGCCUCGAUGGUCACUCACAUAGCAUAUCCGGAUGAAUUAUUAGACGUUAAAAAAUUGGAAAAAUUUUACGAUAGACUCACGGUUGAUCCGAAUUAUUAUUUGGAAAGCGUUUUAAAUUUGACUAAAUUCGGUACUGAUUAUUCAUUCGGAAGAUUAAGACAACCCGUUAAUAAAACCGAAUGGAUAAGUCACGGUCGUCCUGCUGUCGUUAACGCCUUUUAUAGCGGAGUGGAAAACAGCAUACAAUUUCCAGCUGGUAUUCUUCAGGGUAUAUUUUUUUCAAACGAUCGUCCGAAAUACAUGAAUUACGGUGCCAUUGGUUUCGUCAUUGGUCACGAAAUAACCCACGGUUUCGACGAUCAAGGACGUCAAUUCGAUAAUAAAGGAAAUUUAGUCGAUUGGUGGGCAAAAUCCACGGAGGAAAAAUUCAUAAAUCGUGCACAGUGUAUAAUACAUCAAUAUGGAAAUUACACGGCAGAAGAAGUCGAUUUGAAAUUAAACGGUAUCAAUACGCAGGGUGAAAACAUUGCGGAUAAUGGGGGAAUUAAAGAAGCGUAUAGAGCUUACGUAAAAUGGUCGGAAAGAAACGGAGAAGAAAAAAUGUUGCCGGGUUUGCCAUAUACUCCUAGACAAUUAUUUUGGAUAAGUGCGGCAAAUACUUGGUGUUGUAAAUACAGGCCGGAAGCAUUGAAAAUUCGUAUAAUAACCGGCGUACAUUCUCCAGGUAGAUUUAGAGUUAUCGGCCCACUAUCGAACAUGCCUGAAUUUUCAAAAGACUUUAAUUGUCCGUUAGGUUCUAAAAUGAAUCCCGUCGAUAAAUGUGAAGUGUGGUAA